ACACACACUAACACACACACACAGACACAGAGACACGGUCAUGCAGAGGGAGAAAGCAAAGGGGAGGGAGACGGAGAGGUAGAGCGCCACACACAACGAGGGAACCCCAUCAGCUGGAAGCCCAGUAACAUUACAACUCCUAAAAAAGAACUACAAUAAACGGACGAGGGAUCCGGAUUUACUUUCAGGAUCACGGGAUUUUUAUCAGCUGUUCCCUUUCAUCUAAGGAGACUGCCUUUUUUUGUGUUUUAUUUUAUUUUUUAUUUUUUUUUGGAGAAGGGGGGCAAACUGGCGAGAAGCAAGCAUGGAGUAUUUCAUGGUUUCAGCUCAGAAGGUGCCCCCGCUGCAACAUUUCAGGAAAACGGAGAAAGAAGUGAUUGGUGGUCUUUGUAGUCUGGCCAACAUUCCUCUGACCCCAGAAACAGCCCGGGAUCAAGAGAGGCGAAUUCGGCGAGAGAUCGCCAACAGCAAUGAGCGUCGGCGUAUGCAGAGCAUCAACGCUGGAUUCCAGUCACUGAAAACACUCAUCCCACACAGUGAUGGGGAGAAGCUGAGCAAGGCAGCAAUCCUGCAACAAACAGCUGAGUACAUCUUCACUUUGGAGCAGGAGAAGACGCGGCUAUUGCAGCAGAACAGUCAGCUCAAACGAAUCAUUCAGGUACAGGAGCUAAGCGGUUCUUCCCCGAAGAGAAGACGUGCAGAGGAGAAAGACGAAGGCAUCGGCUCACCAGACAUUCUGGAGGAGGAAAAGACUGAAGACCUGAGGAGGGAGAUGAUUGAGCUGAGGCAGCAGCUGGAAAAGGAGCGUACAGUCAGAAUGAUGCUGGAGGAUCAGAUGCGCUCCAUGGAUGCUCAGAUGUACCCAGAGAAGCUGAAGGCCAUCACCCAGCUGGUCCAGGAGCAGCAAGUCCAGACGCCAGGUCUUGUUCGUCUGCCGAAGCAGCUAGAGAGAGACAUCACUCCAGCACACAGCCCUCAGGUGUUGGCUCCUGCUACCCCUCCUGCACCCACACACCAUGCCACAGUCAUCGUUCCUGCACCAGCACAGACUCCUCAACCCCACCAUGUUACCGUGGUAACCAUGGGCCCAUCAUCGGUUAUUAAUUCGGUGUCCACAUCCCGACAGAACCUGGACACCAUUGUUCAAGCAAUCCAACACAUUGAGGGCACCCAGGGGAAGGGUUUGGAGGAGGAGCAGAGGAGAGCGGUUAUUGUCACCUCAGGGCGCGUCCUCUCCGACGUGGCUGGCUCAGACACGGCCUCGAACAGCGACGGCCCUGACGACUGUUCGCUGCCAUGAGCUGGUGUACCGUAUACAGCUUCAUAAACGCACACACUCACACAGAAAGGGCCCGGAAGCUAACCAGGGAUGAGGGAGACUACAAGCCCACAGCACUCUUGUUCUGUGGACAAAAAUCAGCCCUGUAGUCGGACUAAAGCACUCAUUCUGACUUAUUUUUCCGUCUUUCUCUCUCUUCUGCAGUUUUUACUAUAAUAGGCACCUGAAACCACACACAUACCCAUUGAUUCUCAUUUUUCGCUUACUUCCAGCCUCUGCUCUUUUACUCACUUACAAAAACUUUUUUUUUUCCUCCACGAAUCUAUGGAAAUAUUAUUAAAACUACGACUGAUUUUUAUAGACUCUGUCAAACUGGAAACUGGAGUUUCAAACGCCCAAUAAUCAUCUCCAGUAGCCGUCGGACUGUCCUCCUGGUGCUGGAAGCCGUUUGACUGUUCAGAGCAGCGGGAAGGAGGCACACUGGUGUGACGCCAGCACCUUUCAUCUAAGCGUGAUUAUUAUGAAGAUGGAUGCCCUUUCAAACAGCUUGGCUAGAGAACCGACGAGCUGUUUGCAAAGACACUGUGAGCUUGCAAGACUGUCCUAAAAGUUCCUCGCUGUUUUUAUUGCUCUUAAGUCAAAACAUUCAUGUUUUUCUCUUCAAGUCUCUACUAAAAGUUAAAUAUAUAUAUCGAAAAGCUGUUUUAAAGGCUGACUGGUGCUCAUAUGAUAAGAGAGUGCACUUACUGGUUCACAACUCCAGUUUUGUUAAUUUUUUUUUUCUUUUGCUGGGCUGGGAUCCCAGUAAUCCCACAUCUUUUUUCCUCUUCUACCUUUCACUAUAAGCAUCCUCCCCUUUUGAGUAUGAAAGCACCUGACCUGGUUAUUUAAGCUAAUCCAUGUUGAGUUCUUUUUAGGAGUUUGUGUCUGAGAGUUUUAAGGCAGCAAGGCUUAGUGGUGACCAGGACUCUGGCAGUCGGAAGCUUCAACACUUUAGCCUUGAGAUGUCUGACUUGUUGAUACAAAAAGGAUGAAAACAAUCAUUUUAUUUGCUCGAUCCUAAGAGCACGAUUCAUUUUAGGGUAAAUGUCAAAGGAGAGUGUGAUGAAAUUUGGGGAAAAUGCAGAGAGAGUUUGUUAUAGUGUCGUUCACUGGGGGAGACUGGAUUUACUACAUGUAUUCUAUGCAUUUCCUAAUAUCCGUACGUAGUUGUUCUGCAUUUUUUCCUAUUUCCCUGAUAAUGUAAUAAUGACUGAACUGUAGCCAAGAGAGGGGCUGCAGCUUGCCUUAUUAUGAGACCUUAUUGUUGGCUGCAGGGAGGCCAUCUUUUCCACACAGCUCCAGAGAAAAAUCCGGACACUUCGUUUGGUGGCAACUGGUCACCUCUGCAAUCCGGCUCCUAAGCACCAGCCAUGUCAUUACACGUAUUCCCAGUUAUUAGGGUUUCUUUAAAUAUGUUUUCCCUACAAUUAUGUAUGUCGACAUGUUUGGAUAUACAGUUCCUUGCUAAAGUUCUCUUAACCUUAAGGGUGGCAGACUUUAAUGAGCUAGACCAACACAAAGUAGUGGAUAGAUGUGAAGCAGAAAGGAAAAACAAUCUUUUUUACCUGUGUUUUGCUCCAUUUAAUUUACUCUUAUUAAGAUUCUGCUGCAGGAAGAAGAAACGAAACAUUCCCAUGGUAUAAUGUAAUGUUUGCCACUGAUUCUUAAUUGAAUUUGGGCCUGGACUCUGAUCCUGAACCUUCAUCUCAGUCUCAAAUCCUUUCUCAGUCUCUAUAGGUGCUCUGCAAACCCGUCUCACACCAGUUCUGCUUUUCCUUUCACUAUAGUUACUUACUACUCUUUGUUGGUCUAUCAUAUAAAGUCCUAACUAACUAAAUGGAAGCUUGUGGAUACUUUUGCAAAGCGCCGUUUGUGUCGAUAUGAAAGCUCUUGCAUCCUUCGUGUGAAAUAUAUGGGGGAGAAAAAAACAAAACUUCGAUUAAACACAUUCCAUAGAAAAAAUAGUAAAGGUUUCCUGUGAUCCUUCAGAAUAAUAAUAAAAAAUAAAUAAAUCAGAUAAAAUGUUGGAUCUCAGCUUUUGGAGGUGACCAUGCAAAGAUUGAGCUUUGAGCUGCUGGGCAGACGGCGAGGUAAACACUCCUUGUCAUGAUUUAUGUGAUGGGAAGUCCCCUUUAAACCUGUUGAUGUUGGGUCUGUUGUUGUUAUAGGACUGAGGGAUGGUCCGGUUCCUCCCAGCAUCUGCUUUGGAAAGUUUUCCUGCUGGAUCUCAGAAUCGGUUACUCUCCAUGCGUCUGUCUUUAAUCUGUGUUUUGCGUUACAAAUCUAUAAUGUGGGCAUGUCAGAUUAGUAGGGCGAAGAUUACAAAGCACUUACUGUAAUAUACGGGAGUUUGCCUCUUUUUCUGUGUAAAGGGGGCUCUGUUCAGCUGGCGCUCUUUAGGUUAUGAGUGAGAAAACUGCACAGCUGUGUAUCCCCAACUCCUUCAUGUGAGUCCUCCAUUUAUCAGUUGACCCUUCCCAUUGUUUCGCAUCUUUUAUCCUCUUGUUUAUGUAUUGUAUCUGUUUUUCAGUUUGCAGCUUUGUUUUUUCCUCUUGUUUUUUUUUUUCUAUUUUUGUUCCCCAUUCAUACUUUGUUAAACCGGUUAAUGCAUAUGAUCAUCAAAAAGCUAUUACAUUUGUUUGUUUUCCUUUUUUUUGUUUUUUUUAUGUUUCGGGGGUAAAGAGGCUUGUGCCUUUGUAAAGACAGAAUAAUAAAGUUUGUACUUUGUUUUUUAAACA